GACCCGAUGAAGAGUUAUUCAAUCUACACACAGCCUGACCCGGUCUGCAGAGCAGGAACUGGCAUGUUAUUACACCCCAACGCUUCCCACCAGUCUGCCAGAGGAGCACCUUGACUGGGCACCUCUGUGACUCUGACAGUCACAAUCAUAUCGGUGUUUGACUUCAGAGAAAAUGGCAUCAAGAGGCAGGUUGGUGCUACAGAGAGUCCUCAGUGGACUCAGAGCUCACACUGUUUGCUAUCGAAGCUCAACAUCAACCUCAAGUCAAGGACGCCUUCUGUGGAAACCUCAUCUCAGACCUCUGAGCUGCUCAUCCAGACUCUACAAGUCUCAUUCUCUCACCACAGGUCCCAGCAGUCUGUCGUUCAGGAGUCAUGUCUGUGGAGAACUGAGAUCAGAGCAUGUGGGAGAGGAGGUGACUCUGUGUGGUUGGGUCCAGUACCUCAGACAAGACCUGUUUGUCAUCCUGCGAGAUUUCAGCGGCUUGACACAAGUUCUAAUUCCUCAGGAAGAAUCUGCACAUCAUUUGAAAGCAGUGCUGAGUGAUCUCACAGCUGAGUCUGUCGUCAAAGUCACAGGGACAGUCAGAUGCCGACCAGCGGGACAGGAGAACAAGGCGAUGCCAACAGGAGAAAUAGAAGUCCUUGCUGAGAAUGUGGAAGUUUUUAAUGUGUGUCGGACGCUGCCUUUUGAAAUUAAAGACUUUGUCAAAAAAUCCGAGUCUUUGCGCAUGCAGUAUCGUUACCUGGACCUGAGAUCCUCUCAGAUGCAGAAGAACCUCAGACUGAGGUCUCAGCUGGUGAUGAAGAUGAGAGAAUACCUCUGUAAUGUACAUGGUUUUGUGGAUGUGGAAACUCCAACUUUGUUCAAAAGAACACCAGGGGGAGCCAAAGAGUUUGUUGUUCCAUCCAGAGAGCCGGGCCGAUUUUACUCCCUCCCUCAGAGUCCACAGCAGUUCAAACAGCUUCUAAUGGUGGCUGGUAUAGACAGGUACUUCCAGAUGGCUCGUUGCUACAGAGACGAAGGCUCCAAACCAGACAGGCAGCCUGAGUUCACCCAGGUCGACAUAGAGAUGUCUUUUGUGGACCAGGCGGGUAUCAUGUCCCUGGUGGAGGGUUUGGUGCAGUACUCCUGGCCUGCAGAGAAAGGUCCCGUUAAGGUUCCUUUCCAAACCAUGACGUACGAAGAGGCCAUGAGGGACUACGGUGUGGACAAACCUGAUACCAGGUUCAGUAUGAAGCUGAUCGACCUCAGCAAGGUUUUCCUGUCCACAGGAAUUGAAUUCCUCAGAUCAGCUAUCAGCCAACCAGGAGGCUCCGUUCAGGCCAUCUGUGUCCCCAGUGGAGCGAAACUUUUUACUGGGAAAAAUUUGGAAGAACUGAAACAAACAGCCAAGACUCAGUUUGGCCAGGAGCUCAGUGUGGUGCUGGUCAGAGCAGAUGGAACGUUGAAGUCUCCCCUGAGAAAGCUGUUGUCUGUCUCAGCCACAGAGGACCUGUUGGAGAAGACAGGAGCCAAACCAGGAGACCUUCUGCUGAUAGCAGCUGGUUCCCUCCACACUGUGCGCCCGCUGCUGGGUAAUCUUCGCUUGCGGUGCGCAGAGCUCCUUGAGUCUCAUGGCGUUUCAGUCCGCGACCCGUCAGCCUUCCACUUCCUGUGGGUCGUGGACUUCCCUCUCUUCUUGCCUAAAGAAGAUGAGCCAGAACAGCUGGAGUCAGCCCAUCAUCCAUUUACUGCUCCUCUGCCAGAGGACACACAGCUGCUCUACACAGAGCCACACAAGGUACGUGGUCAACACUAUGACUUGGUGUUGAACGGCUGUGAGAUUGGAGGAGGGUCCAUCCGCAUCCACAAGGCCUCAGAGCAACUUCAUGUCUUGAAGAAUAUCCUCAAGGAGGAUCCCAGUCUUCUCUCACACCUGCUGGAGGCUCUGGACUCAGGAGCGCCACCACAUGGAGGCAUUGCUCUGGGUUUGGACCGGCUGGUCUCCAUUAUGGUCGGGGCUCCCAGCAUCCGUGACGUCAUAGCCUUCCCCAAGUCGUUCCGGGGUCAUGACGUCAUGAGCCACGCUCCUGACUUUGUAUCUGAGGAGGAGCUGAAGUCUUAUCACAUCUCAGUCAAAUGGCCAACAGAGGGAGGAGGAGGAGGAGGAGGAGGAGGAGAAGAGGGCAAGUGAAGAGAAGGAAGAGAUGAAGAGACAUCAGAGGAUGGGGUGAUGCUUCCCAGAUCUUUCUAGCCCACACAACACAGGAAACAGGACGAGCAGACAACCAGCAGGUGGUGUAGAGGCUGAAGUCUAUGGAGAUCUCUGCCCGCUGGCCGGCAGAUAUGAGGAGGAGGAGAGAAAAUGAGGAGGAGGUGAUGUUGUGGCUGCAUCUGACUACUGUUACUUUGAAAUGGAUGAGAAAAUAUAUGGAAAUACAUAGAAACAGCCACAGAAUGGAUAUCUGAAAAACUGACUGGUUCAACAAAGAAGAAAAGCUCACAACAAGUCUGAUAAUGAAAGACACUUGUGGUUGUGACCGUGGUGGACUUAUAUGUUGGUACUGAAUCAUUUGUAUUAUGAUGGUUCUUCCCCGACUAGUGAAUGAAAUGAUCAUUUACAAGUUUGUGUCACAUGAUGGUCCAAAUGUUGUUUCAGAGCGUACUCCAUCUUGACAACAUUAAAGCCUGGAGAAAUA